UAUUUAUAGCACAGAUGCUUCUGCCUUUAAUCAACAUUGAGUGACUUUAGAGCUUUUCAAUUCUCUUGGCUCUUCUCUCUGGUGCUCUUCUAGCUAUAAUGGCUUUCAAAGCUAUGCUCUUUCUCCUCACCACAUUUCUUGUAGUUACCACAAGAGUUUCAUCUAAUGACCAGGAACUCAACACAAAGGCUAUUGAUGUCAAAGUCCCACCGCCAGCACAAGCUCCUGCUAAGGUCCCAGUGAAGGCACCAUCUCUUACUCCUCCACCAAAGGCACCCGCUUAUGCACCUCCACCAAAGGCACCUGCUCCAGAGCCCCCAGUUAAGCCGCCGGCUCCGGCGCCACCAGUUAACCCGCCUGCUCCUGCACCACUGCCCCCAGUGACUUCAAAAAAGGAUUGCAUCCCCCAAUGUGAUCGGAGAUGCCAAUUACAUUCAAGGAAGAGAGUCUGCAUGAGAGCAUGCAUGACAUGCUGUGACCGCUGCAAGUGCGUUCCACCAGGAACAUUUGGUAACAGGGAGAUGUGUGGCAAGUGCUACACCGAGAUGACCACUCACGGCAACAAAUACAAGUGCCCUUGAAAUGGCCUACAUUUACUUGAUGGUUAUAUUACCAAAGUCUGUAGUAAUUUAUGAGAAAGGGUUGAAAAUAAAUGGUUUUCCUGUGUCCUUUCUACUGCAUCAUGAAUCAAUUAAUUAGGCGUAUGGGGUUAAUUAAGCUAAGACUAGCUUGUUCUGUAGUGUGCCCAGUAAAUUUUCCAUUUCAUAUUGCAGAUAUUAAUAUAUCUCUUACUUUUCCUUA